AAGUGCGUGAAUUUGAUUAGAGUUGUAGCAGCCUGCCAGCAGAGACCGAUUUCAAUGUGUUCCUGCCGAAAUCGACAAUUUUUCGGCCGUUAGUCGGUCAGGUCGUGCUCUAGGGCACCCAAAACCGAAUCUGGGCCCUUCGGGGGCCGUCACGCGCUAAAACCGCGUCUGCCCGGCUGUCUCCGAGGGCUACUUUGGCUGGCGUUUUUGUUUGUUUACAAAUGGAGCAUCAACAGCGGCCGCCCGCCGCGGUUCGCCGCAACUACAAGCUCCUCUCGGACCCUUUCAUCACCAAAGGUGUCCAGAAGACGUACCGCUACAAUGGGAUCCCUGACGACAGAACGGCUCCCCCAAUACAGCCAAGGGACCCUCGGUCAGCGCUCACUAAAAUCUGGACGCGCAUGGAAGUCAUGGACUUACCAGUCCCGCGUUUUAAGAUCGACGAAGAUUAUGUUGGAGAGCCGCCGCCACUCGAGGUCACGAUUUGCAACUUAAACGACAACAUUGACAAGGCGUUCCUAUCAGAUUUGGUGCGGAAAUGUGGGGAAGUGGAGGAGCUGUUUAUUUACUACCACCCGCACACGAAAAAGCACUUGGGUCUAGCCAGGGUGGUUUUCGAAUCGCCAAAAGGCGCACGAGCUUGCGUCUCACGACUGAAUGAAGUGUCCGUCAUGGGCAAACAGCUGGCAGUGACUCUCGACCCGUUCGGAGAACAGUGUCGGCACUUGUUCGAGACGCUUACACAACCACAGCGGCCUCCAACACCACCACCCCCUGAAGCUCCUCCAACGCCGCCUCCGCCACCUCCACCUCCUGUUCAGCAAGUUCAGCAGCAGCAGCCGCCUCCGCCGCCACCUUCCAAUUUCUGCAAUCCUCCUCCUCCACAUUUUACUCACACAGGUUGGCAACCUGAGCCACCUCCACCUGAGGAGGAGUCCCUUGACCUGGACACUAGAAUACAGCUGCUGCUCAGGGGAGGCGCCUUAGCCCUUGACGAGCCACCCCUUCCUCCGGAGGCGGCACCAGCACCACCUCCACCCCCACCUGAGGAAUCAUCACCUCCACCUAGUCCAUUCCUGGGGCCUGAGGAGUACAAAAGAUGGAGUAUUGAUGACGACAGAAUGAGCCUUGCCAGUCUCAGUCCCACAGGGCCUGUCGGAAAUGAGCCUAUUUCGGAAGCCGUUCCUGAGCCCCCGUCCUUCAUUCCCUGCUACCCUUACCCGUGUGACCCUUAUUACCCUUACUACCACCAUGUUGCGCCUCCUCCCAUAGUGCCAGCUCCAAUGCCCAAAGAAAAGGCCAAGCUGCCCUGGUGGGUCAAUCAGAAGAAAAAGCACGCCAACGUCGUCUGUGCCGUGGUUGAAGCCAUGGUGGACGAACUCCGAGACAUUCUCGAGCGGGACCUUAACAAAAAGAUGAUUGAGAACACUGCAUACAAAACAUUCGAUCAGUGGUGGUCCACUGAGGAACAGCAGCAGACCAAGGAGGAGGACAGGCCAAAUCUGCCAUUGGAACCUCUAACUAUGGGCCUUGGUCUGCGGGCUGCCAUGCCAAAAAUGCCAUCUUUCAGAAGAAAGCCAAAAUCGCCAGUCAGAGAGGAGAGAAAAGAAGAGGAGGAUGAAGAUGUCGUACGAAGAACUUCUCCCGAACCUAUGUCACCUCCGAGACAAAGACGAACCACUCGACUGCCCUCUUCUAGUGAAGAAAGUAGCUCCAGCUCUAGCAGUAGUAGCAGCAGUAGCUCAUCUGAAGAUGAGAGUAGUGACGAGGAGUCAGAGUCUGAGGUUAGUGAAAAGGAGCAAGAGCCACUGGCAAAGCCUCUUCCAGUCGAGGAAAAGAUGGAAGUGGAGGAGGCCGUGGCCCAAGAGCCCGUCAAAAAGGCAGAGCCCUUGCCUGAAGCCCCUGCAGCCGCGUUGGCUGCAGUGGCUCCUGUUUCUGUACCUGAUCUCAGUGAGGAGACCGAUGAGGCCAGCGAGACGGAAGAGAUGGUCAAGGAGGCGGCCAGUCCAGAGGCCGCCUCGCCCACUGAGCGAGAAGCUACCGUGGCCAUGGACCACUGCUACUCUCUGCCGCCCGACGAGGGUACCAAGAGACAGCAGGGCUUCAGCAAUGACCACGGCUACACCACAGCUCCAGCACCCACACCGCCAAAGCCCAAAAAGCGGCCACUGCCUGAAGAGAAGAAGCGGCCGCCUCGGCCAGAGACGCCACCUUCUCGUCCCUCUGUCACCUUUGACCCUAGGGCGCAAGCGUCUGAAUUUGGCGUUUUGUAUGAAUUCCUCACUCAGGGUGUCGAUGAUGAAGACGUGGCUCUGUUGAAGAAGAGCUACGAGAUGCUGCUCGUUGCGGAGAAAUAUGAAUGGCUCAAUGACACCCAUUGGGUCGACCAUCCAGUGACAGACUUGAAUCUAGCACCUAGCGCUGCAAAGAAGAGAAGACGAGAGGAGCAGAGGGUCCACCAGAGUGGCUGCGCCAGAACGGAGGGCUUCUACAAGGUGGACAGAUUGGAAAAGGCGCGCACAAAGUACCACUUUGGCAGGAAGCAGGUCGAGACGGUGGAAACCAUCAUUCAGCCAGAGCUGCAGCCUAAGGCCUUGAAAAUGCAAUCCAUCAGCAGGGAGGCCCGAAGCAACCAGCGCCGUCUGCUCACCGCCCUUGGCAUAGACACUGAUUCUGAUCUCCUCAAGUUCAACCAACUCAAGUUCCGAAAAAAGCAAUUGAAAUUUGCCAAAUCAUCAAUUCACGAUUGGGGUCUGUUCGCCCUCGAGCCGAUUGCUGCCGAUGAAAUGGUGAUUGAAUAUGUUGGCCAGAUGGUCAGGCCAGUCAUUGCUGAUGUGCGAGAGGUGCAGUAUGAGGCAAAGGGAAUAGGCAGCUCUUACCUCUUCAGGAUAGACACCGAAACAAUAAUCGAUGCCACCAAGUGCGGAAACCUCGCUCGAUUCAUCAACCACUCAUGCAAUCCAAACUGCUAUGCUAAAAUCAUCGCAAUUGAAGGCCACAAAAAGAUUGUCAUUUACUCUAAGCAGCAAAUCAACAUAAAUGACGAGAUCACAUACGACUACAAGUUCCCGCUGGAGGAGGACAAGAUCAAGUGUUUGUGCGGUGCGCCUCAGUGCAGGGGCUACCUCAACUGACUUUUUAUUUGUAAUGAAUUGCAAUCUGAUUUGUUACUACACUGUGAUCAACUAGUGUUACUGGAAGUUUCCUCUGAGCCCACACAUUUUAUUCUUAUGUUUGUCAAAUUAUGUAUCCCGCUCUACUGUUUGGCUGAUAAAGUGUCAUCUUUCAAUCUGCGCUUUUAAAAAAUCUAUUGAAAAACAGAAACAAUAAAAAAUAAUACUUUUUUAAAAUAAA